AUGCCACCAGCGCCGUUCAACGCCGCCCCUCCCCAGCCCCUCCCCUACCCAGCGCUCUACCUCUACCCGCUCAACGACUCGUUCAUCCCCAAGCACAUCGCACUGCAGCACGGCCAGCAUGUGAAGAUUGGACGGCAGACGAAUGCCAAGACUGCGCCUGGGGAGAGGAAUGGGUAUUUUGAUUCAAAGGUGUUGAGUAGGCAGCAUGCGGAGGUGUGGGAGGAGAAUGGGAAGAUAUUCAUCAAGGAUGUGAAGAGUAGUAACGGAACAUUUAUCAACGGCGAGCGACUCUCGAGCGAAGCCGUCGAAUCCGACCCCUACGAACUCAAAAGCGACGACAUCGUCGAAUUCGGUAUCGACAUUGUAGGGGAAGACAACAAAACGAUCAUCCACCACAAAGUCGCAGCCCGCGUGGUGUGUGUGUUUACGGAGCAGGAUGCGCAGGUUGCGGCGCGCGCUGAGCAGCACCAGGCGCAGCAACAGCAGCAGCAGUACCAGCAGUCCGGCGGGCAGGGCGGGCUGGGGAUGGGCCAGCCUGGUCCGAGUGGGAUGAACGCCGGCGGUGCGCCUGCGGGCUUUAAUUUUGCGAAUCAGCAGAGGAGGCCGCAGUUGAGCCAGCCUAGUUUGAGUGGGAUGAGCGGGAUGGGUGGCAUGGGUGGUGGUAUGCGCCCGCCUGGAAAGAGUGGGUUGACGUUUGAUGUUAUCCUUAGUCGGCUCCAGGGCGAGCUGCAGAAGUCGAGGGAGACGGGGGCGGAGUUGUCGUCUUUGACUGGGGCGAUGAAUGAGGUGCACGAUUCGCUUAGUGGUGGAUUGCCCGCAAAUCUACCUUCGUAUCCGUCGGUGCUGCCCCCUGUCCGUCCUGCUGCCCAAGAACAGCCACCCCCUCCUCCAGCACCAACAACGAGUCCUCCCCCUGCACCCCCGCCUGUGCCUCCAGCGGUGAUCUCCGAUCUCCAAACGCAGCUCCGCGACACCCAAUCUACGCUCACCGCCCAACUCGAAAAGAUCCGUGCCCUCGAAUCUGUUCUCGCCGAGCAGGAAUCGAUGAAGCACGAGGUCAAGUCUCUGCGCGAGCUCAUCGAGGAGAGGCGGCGGGAGAUGGAGCGCGAGGUGCACGAGCAUGAUGAUGAUGAAUCUCGAGAGCGAGGUGGCUUUGAGCUUGAGGAGGAUGAGGGUUGA